GAAAUGCAAGAAUGCAAAUCCAAAAUUGAAAUGCACUCACCGAAGCCGUACAAAGGCAUUUAUCACAUCCGACCAUAAAAUCACACGUUAAGUGCCAAAUUGAAGAAUUAUUUAGUUAAUAAGAAAAUAAUAAUAACCGACACUUAUAUAUCAAUUUUAAAGCCGAGAAAUGCUGCAGUUUCAACGUAGCGAGGCAUAAUUUUCCACAUUUUGCAUAAUUUGUGCGUUGCAGAUGAAGAGCGAUUAGUGAAGAGUGAUGAGUGAUGAGUGAUGAUGUGUCACAUUUUAGAGCAACGACUUUCGAGUAAAUUUAAAGUUCAUUUGGCAAAAACCAAAAAUAUGAAUUAUGCUAAAAAAUUUGAAAUUCUCACAACCAAGUGAACAGAAGAAUUGCAUUUAAAGUGAAUGUGGGGGGAAAAACAGAUCCAGUAAAUUUGAAUUUUACGAAAUAACAUUACACAAUGUGCUUGCAGAGCAAAUCGGUUCGUGUUUAGGUUCAUAAUAAAUAGGAAAUUAAAUGCAAGAAAACUAGUUAAUUAAUAAAUACUCAUUUUUAACGUUCAAAACUAAGUAAAUCAAUGCUAAACAAAAUUGAAAGUUAACAGUAAAAUAGCAAAUCUGUGCUGCAUGCUCCCUUGAAAUUCUAACAAACCAGCGCUUUAUCAAUUAUUUAUUAUAUAAAUACUUGUGAUACCUGCAUGCCAAACACCGUUGUGGAUCCAACAAAAUGCGUACAACGUUUAAACAAUUGAAUCAACAAAGAUUUUUUGUCAUAUUCGCAGUUCAUUUGUACAUGUUGGAAAAAUCAAUAUUGCUAUGCAAUUGUAUUCACGGUUUAAGAAAUAUCACUGAAAGCGCAGAAUUAGUCACUGGUAUCGAGUCUAGUUUGUCAUUGCCCGAUAUUUUGCCAAUACCAUCGAAAAAUUAUGAUAAAAAUCGCGCACCCAAGCUACUUGGACAGCCGACCGUUGUCUACUUCCAUGUGACAGUGUUGUCGUUGGACUCCAUCAAUGAAGAAUCGAUGACAUAUGUCACAGAUGUAUUCCUAGCACAAAGUUGGCGUGAUCCGCGCCUGCGACUGCCAGAGAACAUGAGCGAACAGUAUCGCAUAUUGGACGUUGAUUGGUUGCAUAGCAUUUGGCGACCGGAUUGCUUCUUUAAGAAUGCCAAAAAGGUCACAUUUCACGAAAUGAGCAUACCAAAUCAUUAUCUAUGGUUGUAUCAUGAUAAGACGCUGCUCUAUAUGUCCAAGCUAACAUUGGUGUUAUCUUGUGCCAUGAAAUUCGAGUCAUACCCGCAUGAUACGCAAAUCUGCUCCAUGAUGAUUGAAAGUUUAUCACAUACGGUUGAGGAUUUAGUUUUCAUUUGGAAUAUGACCGAUCCGCUGGUGGUCAAUACUGAAAUUGAAUUACCACAAUUGGAUAUAUCGAAUAAUUAUACAACCGACUGCACUAUUGAGUACUCAACAGGCAACUUCACAUGUCUGGCUAUUGUCUUUAAUUUGCGUCGCCGUCUUGGCUAUCAUCUCUUCCAUACCUAUAUUCCAUCAGCACUAAUUGUGGUCAUGUCAUGGAUAUCGUUUUGGAUCAAACCCGAAGCGAUACCAGCUCGUGUUACACUCGGCGUUACAUCGUUACUCACACUCGCCACACAAAAUACCCAAUCACAACAAUCCCUUCCGCCGGUGUCAUAUGUAAAGGCUAUCGAUGUAUGGAUGUCUUCGUGUUCGGUAUUUGUAUUCCUAUCGUUAAUGGAAUUCGCUGUGGUGAAUAACUAUAUGGGACCGGUGGCGACGAAAGCCAUGAAGGGCUAUUCGGAUGAGAAUAUACACGAAAUCGGUGAUAUGAAGGUGAGAAAGAAUCACCAUCGGGAAUCCAUAAUUGAACCACAAUACGACACAUUCUGCCACGGACAUGCCACAGCGAUUUAUAUCGAUAAGUUCUCGCGUUUCUUUUUCCCAUUCUCGUUUUUUAUACUGAACAUUGUUUACUGGACAACAUUCCUUUAGUUGUUAAAGUUUAAAAUAAA